CCCAAACUCCACAACUUCCUCGACAAACCAUGGCCGGCGUCCGUGACCCGGCCUUCUGGAAACGCUUCUCCACGGCCGUGCACAAGCGCGAAGAGGUCGUCGUCGACCCAGAAAAGAACGAAACAGCGUAUGUAUCCCUCCUCCCUGCCUCCACGAUCAACCCUCCUCUUCGUCCCUCUCUUCUCAUCCUCCAUUUCUGACAUUCGAGAAAUAAAGCAACGCCUGGCUCGAACGCGAAACCUCCAAAACCCGCAGACGCGCCUGGGUCUGCCCGGUGUUCUGGCUCUGCAUCUUCAUCCUCGUGCCCGCCACCACCCUCGCCGUCCUUUGGCUGUUCCGCUCC